CCAACACUUGAAGAGUCUCGCUUGCCUGACACGUAUAUUAAACACUCCGCAGGCCCUCCUUCCAGGGACAAGUGUUCCAUUCCAUAUCUCACACCCUAGCCGUAAUCCCUUGUAUACUUCCUUCCCGUCGAUCGUCCUUCUCCACUCUAUAAUCAUACACUCUUCCUAGCUUGAUCACUUUGACAUCCCUUCUCACAAUGGUCUUGGUUGGGAAUCCGCCUGUGCCGCCGACGCUGGACAGGUCGGCCUCUUCAGACCUGUUGCCGAGCCUCAGCGACCUGGGCAUCUUGGAGACCAGAGAGGCAGCCAGACAACGAGCAACCUCGACGCGUGGGCAGCCCCAACUCAAUAUCACUGUUAGGGGCGGCGUCAGUUUGCGUCGGAGUAAUGGAGAAAAAGGCGUGGGCAGUGACUGCUCUAGCAGCAUCUUCACAAAUCCGGCAUUCAACUUCUGUCCACCUCUUAGUAGCCCAAAAGACUGUGAACGGACGUGCCUCCCUUCCUCACCCAAGACAACCUUCCGGCUCCCCUCCUUCUCAGAGCUAGCAGCCGGAAUCGCGCCGGCCGAGCCUGAAUGGUCCCGGGAUCAGCGGUCGUUGCAGAGGAGGAGCAGUUGCGAGUCCACCUGCUCGGCGCCGUCCCUGACCGGCACGCUGAGCAGCAUAUCCUCGCCCGUCUCCUCGCCUAGGUCUCCCCUUGACGGCCAGUUCGCGUUCCACAUGCCCCAGCAGCAGCUGCCCGUGCCCCUGCCCCAGUACGGCGCAAAGUUCCAGCUGAGCUCGGCGUCCGAGUACCUCCUAGCCCAGGCGAACGGCUUCGACACCCGGAAUCGGCGCCACUCUGCGCUGGCCGGGAAGACGUCACCACCGUGGCAGUCCUCCCAGGCGACGCCCUUCCGCCACCCGAGAUACUCCCCGCAGCUGGCCCGCGCGCCGUCGCCUCAGCACCACCACCACCACCAGCAGCAGCAGCAGCAGCAGGCGUACCGGAGCCGCCACCACAGCCUCUCUGAGGAGGCGCUCCGGCGCAGCGGGGACCGCGGGGCCGUCUGCAAGAGGUCGCCUAAGACGCCGCACAUCAACAAAGAGUACACGCUUGAGCAGAACCUGUGGAUCAUCUACAACCACGUGGACCUUAAGAAGCCGUGGAAGGAGGUGGAGGAUGAGUUUGGGUGCUACUUUGGCAUCAAGGUCAAGCGCACCGACGGCGGGCUCCAGUCGACCUACUACCGCUGGAACGAGGAGUGCCCCGUCAUCGACGAGGACGGCCUGCUCGAGUACGGCGAGGGCGACAGCUUCAACAAGUGGGACGUCAAGACCCACAAGGCAAAGGUCCGCGGCCACGGCAAGAUCUCCCUCAUCGACCGGUAUGCCUCCGAGGUCGUCGAGGCAGGCUUCUCUUGGAUCCUGCCGCAGGACAUGGUCAAGGCUCGCCAGUUGGCUGAGCGUCGACGCCCCUAUAGGGAAGCGUAUGAGCGCCGAAAGAAAGCCAGGCUUACCCAAUUGAUGGACUGCUCUUGAUCCGGCCCGUUACUCCCCGUUACGAAUAACGCGUUUUUAUGUUUUCUUUUUUGAAUAAUAUCGUCGUCCAUCGUCCAAUGUCCGGGAAAGUAAUGAAUGAUGGGAAAGAACUUAAGUCGGCCUUUUGCAUCCACCCCCCCCCCCCCCCCGGCCCCCUUCCUUCUCCGUUUUUCUCUUUUUGUCACUAUAUUUCCGUUCCUCGUAUCAUGAGAUCGAGUUGUACCAUCACCGUAUAUGGCUUGGCCACGUUUCACCCUCCUUCACUAUAUAACGUUCCGUUCGUUGAUUUAUCCC